AUGCCUGGAUCUCAUACAUUCAUCAAAAUUACCCCUGGUUGCUCAAUUCCUGCUCGUGUGUUUGUCAACCGCAAGCGCAUCGUGCUGAAUGGUACUGUGGCCAUUAACGAUCGCUCCAUCAUCAAGCUUUCAUCGAUCAACCUGCUAAGACUUUCAAAUAACGAUCUUACAAACCUCAUUAUGGACAUUAAACCGGAGCUAGAAAACUUGUUGUUUCACGAGCUGCUACGCUUGUUGUUUCCCCUGAAGUUUGUACAUGGUUCUGACAAGUUGGUUAAGGAUAUAGGCACGAGAUGGAGAUGCAAGGUGGUUGUUUCCCUACGGUAUGUGGCUACACUACGGUUUAAAUUGGGAUAUCUUCAGGACGAAGAAGACAUCGCCUUCUUGGAGGAUCGAAAGAUAGACGUGAUGGCGAAGGAGUCACCUAGAACAGCGCUUCUAACGAAAGAGCUCAAGUUCUCAUUCAUACAAAGAGAGGAGGACGAGGAGAACGAGGAACAUAACGCCGUUGACGAUAAGAAAACGCUAUCAUACAAGUUGAACAAGCUGGCCUUGCUCAAUAACAGCAUUGUCGAUAGCCUAGACCUCUACGUGACAAGCCGCCCGCACCUGCAAAAAAGUUAA